CAUGUGACAGAUCUGUGUUCCUCCCCUUCUCGCCUCCCUCUCCCCAGUCUGCUGCCUCUCUGCUGCACUGCAGCCUCUUAGCCAGCACCAAAGGGCUCCUGCACUUCGCCUGCUUCUCCCCUGGAUUAGCGCCGCUGUCUUGGUGCCUUGUCUUGUUCCCCCCAUUUUCACUGCAUUGGUCAAUGACUUUCCCAGGAGCCCAGCUCAGAGCUCGCCCCCCUCCCCCGUGCAGGGAUGAUUGUGAGAGGCUGUGUCUGCCUCGUUUCCCCCCUGGACGUGGGGCAUCUGAAUGCUGAAAUUGACAUCAACUAGAAAAGACUCAACAGGGGGAAAUAACAAGUGGAGGGAGAAGGGGUGGGGGGAGGUGGGUGACAUUGAUUCACAGGGGAGGAGGUCCCAACAGUUCUGGAUUCUCUGGAAUUCACUGUCUUUUUUUCACGCUCACGAUUUCCCAUCUGGAUUCGAACCAGAGUGGGGUGGAAGCUGGAGUGUGACCCCUUCUCUUAGGGGGGUUCCUGUGAGUUCUGUGGAUUGUGCUACCCUCCAGCUUUGCACUCACCAUGGAGUCAGUGGAUAAGGAGUGUGGGGCACUGGGAGGUCUCUUCCAGGCCAUCAUCAAUGAUAUGAAGAAUUCCUAUCCCAUCUGGGAGGAUUUUAGUUCAAAAGCCACAAAACUACACUCCCAGCUCAGGACCACAGUGCUGGCUGCUGUUGCCUUUCUUGAUGCCUUCCAGAAAGUGGCUGACAUGGCGACCAAUACUCGAGGAGCCACUCGUGAUAUUGGAUCAGCACUGACCCGGAUGUGUAUGAGACAUCGAAGCAUAGAGAGCAAGCUAAGGCAUUUCACAAAUGCUCUCAUGGAGAGUUUAAUAAAUCCACUUCAAGAAAGAAUAGAAGAUUGGAAAAAGACAGCUAAUACACUGGAUAAAGAGCAUGCCCGAGAAUACAAACGGGCACGUCAUGAAAUCAAGAAGAAAUCUUCUGACACUCUGAAGCUACAGAAGAAAGCGCGCAAAGAAGUUCUUGGAAAGGGGGAUCUGCAGCCCCAGUUAGACCAUGCGCUGCAGGACGUCAAUGACAUGUACUUGCUGCUGGAAGAGACAGAAAAGCAGGCAGUGCGCAGAGCGCUAAUUGAGGAGCGCGGGCGCUUCUGUUCUUUCAUUGCACUGCUUCAACCUGUGGUGAAUGGAGAGAUUCACAUGCUGGCAGAGGUCACUCACCUCCAAGCGAUCAUUGAUGACCUAGUGGUGCUGACAGAUGAACCGCACAAACUGCCUGCAGCCAGUGAACAGGUUAUUACAGACCUAAAAGGUUCAGACUAUACAUGGUCCUACCAGACACCUCCCUCAUCACCAAGCAGCUCUGGGUCUCGCAAAUCCAGCAUGUGCAGUUCAAAGACUACCCCUUCAUGGCCUGCUGCUGUGCACCCACACUCACCAGGUUCCGCGUGUCGCUAUCGCAGCCUCCCGCAGCCCACUGGGGGCCCUCAGCGAUUGGUCAGUGUUUCCUCACAUGAUUCUGGAUGCAGUUCUCAUGAAGCCAAUUAUUCAAAGCCACCAUCGCCGAUGCCGUCCGACAUCACUAGUCAGAAGUCUUCUAGUUCUGCAUCUUCAGAAGCGUCAGAGACUUGCCAGUCAGUUAGUGAGUGUAGCUCACCCACCUCUGAUUGGUCGCGCUCUGGUCCUUAUGAAAUGCCACCUGCUACUUCCCUUCAGCGCAGGAAGGAUAGAGUUGAACACCUGCGGGAGGCAGAACUUGGCCCAGGCUACCAGAUCAUGGAGGAUCCUUAUCGACCCCGCAUGUCUCCUGCAGUCAUUGCUGCUAAGCAUGGAGAAGAAGUGUCCCCAGCAGCCAGUGACCUAGCAAUGGUUUUGACUCGUGGUUUGAGCCUAGAGCAUCAGAAGAGUAGUCGCGAUUCCUUACAAUACUCUAGUGGCUACAGCACCCAAACCACCACCCCUUCCUGCUCAGAGGACACUAUCCCAUCACAAGGUUCUGACUAUGACUGUUACUCAGUAAAUGGGGAUGCUGAUGCAGACGGAUCUGGUGACUUUGACAGAUCAUCCACUGUCCCGCGGAGUAGCAGCCUGGCUCAGAACUACCGACGUAUGCUUCAGACCAAGCGCCCAGCCUCUACAGCAGGUCUGCCCAGUGCCACCCCUCCUUCUGGGUCUGCACCACCACCACCACAAGCAGCUUCUACUCCCGGAGUGGCAACCAUUAGACGUACUCCUUCGACAAAGCCCACUGUCAGACGCACCUUGUCUAAUGCUGGACCUAUUCCAUGCCGCCCUCCAAUUGUGCCAGUGAGAACCCCCACAGUGCCAGACUCUCCUGGAGGGGGGCUUGGAGGACGUUCACGUGUGGGAAGUGAAGAGUGUGUCUUUUACUUGGGUGGGGAUGAUGGUAAUCCCCUUGACUAUGCCAAAUCAUCGCCAAAAAGGCUCAGUCUCCCCAAUGCAGCCUGGGGUGGCACAGGGGAAAUGUCUGUUUAUGGAGGAGGGGGCGGAGAGGAGGAAGAAAUGGGAGGUGGGCUCUUGGCUGCCAAUCGACACAGCCUGGUAGAAAAAAUUGGUGAGCUAGUAGCUGGGGCACAUGCUCUUGGUGAUGGUCAGUUUCCAUUCCCAUCAGCACAAGAUAAGAGUCAGAGCCCUGCUCCAGCAAGUGGGGGGGCUGCAUCAGAACCUCCAGCAGGUGACAUGCUGGCAUCCAUUCGUAGAGGGGUACGGUUACGCCGGACCCUCACCAAUGACCGUUCAGCUCCCCGCAUUUUGUGAUUUGGUUUGGUGGGGUAGUUAUUAGGAUUGGUGCUCUGAGGGGGGAAGGAACGAUCAUAAUGACAAAUACUGUGAUGAAGGGGUCUGCACACCUAUAAACCAAGUGUUGCUUAGACCAGCAGUAGAAGUCUUUUGAUUGGUAACUAACCGGCGAGCAUUUAAUCCAUUCCUAGUUUGCCAUAUUUACCUUAUAGUCUAUUGGCUUCGAUAAGGUGGUGUUUUCCAGUGUUCUACUUACUGUAGUAAAUGGGAGGCUAUGGCAUUUUAAAGUAAAUAGACUGUAAGGGAUAUGUUACUGUCUGCAAAUUCCCACACUACAUAAUUGCUGCACUUAAGUACAGCAGGACUCUAGGACAUGUUUUUCCUGAGAUCUCCAUUAUUUGGCUGCACUGGACAUUGGCUAGUUUUGUUAGAGGAAAGCAAGAUAAUUUUCCUUUUGUUGCCUGUUUUCAUAGGUAUAACACAUAUAUUAAUAGGUAUGAACAGGUACAACUUCAAUAAACCCCUUUAAGCCUAAGCAUAUAAAUAUUGUUUUAUCCAAUAAUAGCCUUUUUAAUUUAUAUUCUCUACCAUCUACCUAGGCUGAAGUGUUUUCGAUCUGCUGGCCUUUGCCAUUUUAAGUGCACAUAAAAUUUGAUUGAACAUAAGAUUUAAAAACUGAACGUGGUGUUUUCCAAAAGGUUAGAGGUAGUAAAAUGCCCAUUGUAAUAUACCAGAACUCAAGAAUGAAGCUACUUAAUGUUUGUCUGCCAUCCAGCCUGAAAUAGGAGGGCCCAUGGGCACUGAUUGUCACUGCUGUUAGGGGCCCAAGAUUUAUGUGGCAGAGAACAGGCCUAGACCAAUAGUCAGGACAGGCAGCAAAGGAGCAGAGUCUGUGCACAAUCCAAAGGUCAGAGAAGGCAGCAAAGGAGCAGAGUCAGUCAACAAAUCUAAGAGUCUUGCAGGAGCUAUAAAUCACGGACACCAGUUUGGGCAAGAAUGUGAAUCAGGAAAAGGAAGUGAGGAAGUGCAUCAUGGGUGUCCUGGUGAUCACAUGUCCAGUAGGGUACAGGGAAGCCACAGGAAAGGCAUGAAGCAGGCACAUCUGAAAAGAGAGAUAGAACAAGAGAAGCAUACCGGUAACCCAGUACAAAUAUUAUUCUGUUUAAAUUUUGAAAAAAAAUUGACCCUCGAAAUGUGAAGAAAAGCUACAGUCGGCUGAAUAUAACACAUUUGAAUGGCAAAGUUAUUCUAUAUAAGGAACGUUUUUAAAUACCUCUACCCUCCUCUAAUCACAUCAGAAUAGUUAUAAAUUAUGGAAUAUCUUUUGGCUAUUUAUUUAGGACAGUAUACAUUAUUCAAACAGAGUAGCUAAAAUGAGCAGCACUUGCUUUUUAAUCCUGACUUGCUUUUACAGAGCUCUUUUCCUACACACUAACAUUGUGGAGGAAAAGCCAGGAAAGCAGGAAGAGACACUAUUCAUAUACUGUUUAUUCCAUUAGAAUUGAGUGGAGCAUCUUCUUUUUAACACUGACAUGCAAAUUGUGUAUGUCUUUCAUAAUGGUUAAUAUUGGUUACUCAAUAUUCCCUUUAUAAGGAUGUUUUGGAAAAUUAAUACUGCUUAAUGUUCUUCUUAAAAUGGUAAAGCCUUAAUGCAGGGAUUCAAAAGCAGUUAUUCCAGUUAGCAGUUAUUCCAGGAAGCUAAGGGUUUCAUAGUAAAAGAGCCAAGGUUUCCGCAGGUCCAGCAACCAACCAAUUAUAUUAAAGUAGAAAAAAGAAUAGAUGUGAAUGAUACUUCUAUACAAAGGAUAGUGGUAGAAUAUAAGAAAGCACCCAGUUAUUUCCAUGUGGAAUACAUGAUUUCAAAUGUCCUGAUAUUUUUUUACCGUUAUCAUUCAGCUAGAUUUGAUAUGUUUGCAAUGGGCUAUGGCAAACUCUGCCCCUGUUUGUAUAGAACUUGUGUACCUGCCAGGUUGUGGAUGUUACUGGGAACUAUACUGUUAAAUUCCAGUUAGAUAUUCAUCCCCUAAUAUAAGUGCAAGCUGCCUAUUUAAAAAUAUAGCAGCGAUGGUCAUGUGGCCUUCAGCUUCUCAUGUCUGAUUUAUGAAGAAUCAGAAUGUUUAACAAAAUCUGAUUGAUACCAUAUGGAAAUGAAAUACUUGAAUAUGGUAUAUCAAUCAGAAAUCUUCUUUGUACCUAGACUUAUGUUGUAUAUGGGGAAUAAGUACUGGCUACUGUAAAACAGAAGGAUUUUCACCAUUCACUGUGGAGUUCCAGGUCCAUAUACAGGCACAAUGCCACAGGCUAAAUCAUAGAAUGCCAAGGUUCUCUCCAAUAUUUUACUGGAGGAGGAACAGUAUUUCUUAUAAUACACAUGUUCCAUUGAGUCAGGAGACCAAGUAGCCGUUAUAACCGAUGACACCACUAAGCACCUUUUGUGAAGAUCUCAGGUUAUUCAUGACUUUUGUGUAUCAACAACCAAUAUAGUUAACAUUGACACUUGUAACAUCACCAAACUGUGAUUUAUUAAAUGCCCCUAGGAAUAUAAUACUGUAGUACAGUACAGAUUCUGUAGUUUCUCAGAUAUUUUCAUCACAUGGUUCUGUGAAAAUCUUUUUUUGAAAAUACCCCAAAGUGUGUGGCUUGCAAGAUGUCAAUUAUAGAGUUGUAGUGUAAAGGAAUGGUGCCAUGAAGCUCUAUCGCUAUACGUUGCCUCCUACUGGGAAGUGUGAGGUGAGACAACCAAUGGCUGUAGUUGCCAAAUAGAAGUUAUUGACGAUUCCUUAUAUUGCUGAUGGGUUAAAUAAAAUUUUUAGCUGCAACUUGUGCAUAAUUUUUAGGCAGUGGGUGUAUUACAGUUUAAUAAAUGCCUCCAAUAAAUGGAGGAGAAAAAAGAGUAAUAAUAACUAGUUAAAUCCUGCAUUUAAUCAUGAGAGGCCCCCUCCUCAUUAUUGUGACUUCUUGAAAGCAAGCCCUAAUUAUUCCUAUAUAUUUUCUACUACUAGAAUAUUUUUCCUCCCUUCCUACUCCCCUUCACUCUGUGCCACACUGAUGCCUCACCUGUGCUUUUACCACUGUUGGCAGAAUGCAACAAAGUCUACUAAACCCACUGGUGAUCCCAUCAUAGGUCACCUCAUUUGCACAUGAUGGGUGGAAAUCCUACACAGUACUAAUGCAAUAAGGGGCUGUAUCGAAAAUCUUACAACCAGUAAAAAUUUAUGCCAACCUUAUUACUAGAGAAAAAAGAUAUAGGAAGGCUCAUAUUUUGCUUUUCUACAGCAACUGGUAGAAAUAAUUUUCUUGUGCAUGGCUCGUGAUCAGGAAGUGAGAUGUGCAUAGCUAAAGUGUUUCCCCCAGCUGCUCAGAACAUUCGGUUUACUUAUAUGAAGUUUAGAAACCUGUUUUUAUACUUUUUAGCAAGGUCCCUAAAAUCAGGUUUCUGAUUUUAAGAGUGAGCAAGCCUUAACCUGUAUAUUUAUAUAUGUAUCAGAAUAGUGUAUUAAUGCGUCUUGCCUUAUCUCAUGAUUCACCUUUACACACAUACACAUAUAGAACUAUUGACCGUUUAGACACCCUGUCCUUGUCUAGGUUCUGAGGCUUGAUGCACUAAUAAGGCUACAUGUUUCCUAAAGAACAAAUCAAAAAAAACUGGCAUGUCUUGUGUGCCAGUAAUUUUUUUUAAAACUUUAUCUGUUUUUUUGCAUUUAAACAGUAAGACCUUUUUAAAAAUCCAUGAUUUGAUCCUUGCAUUGCUACUCCAACAUAUCUGAUCCUCCAAUAUCUCCCCUUCAUGAUGUGGAGUCAGUAUGCUCAGUGCAGUCUCUCUGCUGGAGUGCUAUACUUUAAAGGACAAAUCAACUGAAAUUAACUAGGGGUGCCAAUGUGUUAGGCUCCCCCUAGUAAAUAUAAUCACUUAUUUUAGACCCCGGCCGGUGCUCCUUGCUGUGUGUCGACUUGGGUUGCUAGUCUUUGAGAACUGUGCCAUCAUCUCUUCCAAUCUCAUUGCAAUUCACUUUGUUGUGUAGGACACUCGGCAUGCACAGUAGUGUAGAAAUCUGAACUUCACUCUGUUCAGGAACGUGCAAAUGAUCCCUGGGACAUUGGAAGAGACGGCAACACGGUUCACAAGCAUAGUACCCAGGGCUAGGGCUGGUGCACUUUAUGGCAAACAGGAUUGCUGGCCCAGAGUCUAAGGUAAGUGAUUAUAUUUACUGGGGGUGUCUAACACAUUAUCAACCCACCCAGUAUAUUUUGGUUGAUUUCUCAUAUAGUAUAAAUUUAGGGACAAAUGUGUAUUCACUUGGAUAUUCCAAAGUGUUCUACUCACAAAUUUCUGAUCUAUUCAUUUAUGGACUCUACUCUACAUCACAUGUAAAGAAGUAUUGUUAGGAAUUCCAUCAGCUAAAUGUUUAGUCAGAUAUCAAAUUGAUAUCAUUCAGAGAAUAGACGUAACAAAAUAAAAAAGAGUAUUACAUGAUAUAUAGGAAGAAGCUUGUUUAAAAAAAAAAAAAAAAAAAAGUACUAACACAACUCUGCUGUCUUUAUCUUUAUUAAUACUGAGAUGUUCACCCUAUAAAAAAAGGAUGAGUAAUCAGUCUGGCAGAGACAUUUAUUGACUGGUUGGUAAUAUUAUUAAGUACAGGAACUAUUAGAUGAAUUUUCACCUCCCCAAAAUUUAUACCUGUGAAUUGGGGAGUUCUACGCAAGGAGAAUAUGUUUGCUUUACUGCUGGCUGAGCCAAAGGCAGUGGCAUGCAGAUGUUAUUGGUCACAGAAAACUGCGCAGAGCUGUGUAGCUAUGUUCUUAAAGCAUCACCUGCUGGCCAGGUGGAUAAUUGCAUUGUAUUUUGCUAUUCCAGCAGUAGCAGAGCUAGAUAGUUAUAACAAAUACUUCUGUUACAACAAAAUAAAUGAUGUCUUAUGCAAUGUGCUGGGAGGGUAUGCUGAAAACUGAGCUUUUAUUUUAGAAAAUGAAGCUGUUUUACAGCAAUGGCAAAUAUUUCCAGAUAUUAACUGGUUUAUUAAUUGGUGAUACAGUAAAGAAAUCACUAGAUGCUGAUACUUGCAGUAUGGCUUUCAAUACUCCAUAUCAGCAUGUGAUGCAUUUUUUGGGCUAUUCUUGCCAAGGUAUGUUUUUGGAUUCUUUAAAAACACAUGGAUGCCCCAUCUCAGCCCUGCAGCAGUUGCUGAACUAUUUUUAUAUCUUAGAAGUUGUAGUUCAGCAAUAGCAGGGGGAAUGAAGUGGUUCAACUGUGUAGAGAGACGGAAGAGUAAUUAGUUAACGCAGGCAUUAGCACAAGUUCACAUUACAUUAGUGUGAACAUCAUAAUAUAACAUGUUACUUAGUUGCACGGGAAACCAUAUCCCAGUCCCGUAAACCAAAGCAACCAAUGAGCAAUUACCUUUUGAAUGAACUGCUGUAGGAAUGAUGAAAGCAAAUAUCUGAUUGGUUGGUAAAGGUUACUAGAUCAGAGUUCCUUUUUGCCUCAUAAUUGUGAGCAAAGGAUUCUUCUACUGUAAAUGUUCUCGUUGGGCUGUGUAUAAAGGGGGCACCAUGAAAAUUGUGACUGUGUAGUGAAUAACUUUUUAUAGUCCUACGCAAAAAUAUAUUUGUUGUGAUUAUUCACCUGAGAUACAGAGGUUAUAAUGUUAUACUGAGUUGGUUUUUUGACCCCUAAUUGUAGUUUAUAUGAAGAUGGGCACAUUUCCUUAUCUGAAUGUGCAUAGAGUUCUAAUGUAAGGAAGCUAACAUUAAGAUACCAAUAGAUAAGAAUAAGAGCGGGCAACCUGUGUAAUUCCAGCUGUGAAAAAUAGAAUUUCUGGCAGAGUAGGUUACAGUUGUAACUCCCCAAAAAUGCAGGCAGAUAUACUUUGCUUGGGAAAGUUACAUGUAAUCCUUUAUUAAAUAACAACAGUUAUGUAUUAUGCUAUAUAAUUAACUCUAGAGUUUUUUGAACUUGGGUUGGGAAGGCGCAGUGUGAUUGGACAUGAAACUGAACAACAUGAGCAUUUCUCUCACAUCACACUUGUUUAUCAUUGUGGGAUACACUUGUAAUCACUUCAAAUGGCUUCUAGAUGUAUUUUAACAUAGUAUGUCAAAAAUAAUAUAAAGUGUGUAAAAUUAUUGCUACCUAUGUUUGUUUGGAAUUAAUGUCAACCUGUGAUGAUGAUGAUAUGCUCAUUCACAACAAUGGAGUAUGUUGCAACAAUCAUACAAGGAAUGAUGAUCAUUAUCAUAAAGAAUAAUUAGCAUUAUCAUUCCUCACCUGGCCUCUUAUUGUGCACAAAGCUAAUGCAGAUCCUCCUGCCAGAAAGACUGAUAGUAAUAAGGCCCUCUGUAAGAAUCUUUGCACAGGUUGUAACACGGUAACACCAUCGUUUCAGAAGGUAUUUUGUCCAGCAACACAUUGCAUAGCACUUAGUUAACAAUUCUAAAUAUAUUAAAUGUUUAUUUUUUAACAUAAUAUUGAGAAGCUUGCCCCCCCCCCCAAAUGUGUUUAAGGUACAUUUUCAGUUGUGUGCAUGUAUGUAACUGUUUAAAGUCGAGAGAGAAUGAGUUACGUGCUGAAAAGAUUUAUGCGGUGAGGCUAGAAUUACGUUAGUUGGAGUUUUACAGAUAAGUUAAGGGACACAGGGAAUGGUUCUGAUACUUCUUUGAAGUUGACGCUAUUCAAGUUUGUUUUGUGGAACUGACUUCAGUAUGUUUAAAGGACUAAGUAAAGGUUACAUAGUAAGACUUUUGUAGAAAUGGGUCUGACAAACCCUUUGAAAGAAAAGAGUGAUCUUCUGUAGGUUUUUGGAAAGGCCUUUGGUAGAAGAUAUUUACCUGGAAUCUGUGAGUGAAUUUGGGACAAUAUUUUUAUAUUUAAUGGAUGUUUAUUGUCAAAAUAACUGCAGUAGCAGAGUUAGACAGGAGAUUACCUGACAAGCAAGACCUUAGCAGCUCAUUUUUAAAUAUAAUAUGUGCCAGCCAAUAGCAUACAUAGGAAUGCAUUGUGUAUUUUUAGCUCAUGCUACAUUUCUCCCUACUAGUUAUUUUUUUGUUCUAAAUCUGGUAACUCACAUCCCUACCAGGUGUUAUUUUACCUGUGUUUUGUACCUAUCAGGGCACCUUAUUAUCAUUGCAGAGAUCUUAUCCCGAUAGUUUUACCCACUGAACAUAUAUAUGCAAAGGCGGGAAAUAAAACCAACAGAGAACAUGUGAACUGAUGCCCUGCAUGGGUGAGUAAACCUGUACGUUUGUACGUUAUGCACCUAGUUGUAAAUAGCCUUGGAAAUGGUGGGCAAAAGAGGCCUAGAGGGAGCAAUUAUUAGAACCCAUCAGCUUCAUUUAGGUAAAGAGUAGUUAUAUAAUGGUCUUAGCUUAGGGCUUUCCAAAAUGUGUCAAAAGUGUAAAUCUAAGUUUUCCAACUGCAUUUAGAUAUGAUAAUUGCCAUAUUGUAAGUGGAGAAUCUAUAUUAAAACCUGGACACUUGCUUAUUAGGCCCAGCUUGUGUGAUAAAAAUACUGGUUAAAUAAAUGUGUAUAACAAAGCACCGUCUGUGUCACCCGACCACCUUCUAUACUUUAUAGAAUUGGAAAAAGGGAAAAGUUAAACCAGAGAAUGUUGGGAAGGUUGUGAAGCACAAACACUAAGAAAUUCUGUAGUAAAACUGCUAUUAAAAAAUGAGUAUUACAUUCAUUGCUAAAAGUGCAGGCUUGUGGGGGUUGGCCUAUACUGCAUGCUUUCGAUUAAGGUUUCACAUAGGUUUUAGAGAGAGUUUGGUUGGUGCUUUAGAAGUUGUACGCUGGUUUGCAGGACAAACUAUCUCAAGCCAAGGUUGCUGCCUUGAAAUCAUGGAGACCGUUAUCUUUUAUUAUACCUAUUGUAGGCGUAGUUCUGUGUGAUGUGCCAGGUGUGUUGAUCUCUGCAGAAUGAGCGUAACAUGCAUUUUUGGUGCCUAUUGCUAUGGACUUGGUUGACUGGGUGUUCUAGAUCCUCUUCUUUGAUAACCCAAAGUAGUAGGAUACCAAGAAACAGAAAACUCAAGCACAAUAUGCUUUCCGCCUUCACCCUCUUACUGUAUCCUCUCGGCACAUUUCCUUUCUAUCUCCCACUGCUCAUCUCCAUGUGUCUCCUUUUCCAACAGCCCUGAUGUUGAGAGGGUGUGUUUGUGUCAAAUUAAAUGUAUCUAUAACACAAGGCACUGUUGUCAUUGUACAGAGAAGACCUCUUACACUGGAUAUGUGUGUUUACAUAUGUAAGCGUGUCAGUCACACCCCUGUUACUUUAACCUAUUUCACACUGGGCAGAACAAGUCAUCUGCUCUUUUCCACAUGUCUUAACUUCAUUUUGUACAGAUGUUAUAAAAAAAAUAAAAUAAAUAAUAAACAUCGAGUACCAUAAAUGGAAAAUUGUCUUAAUGUGUCUUUCAGCUGUGCUUAAUUAUUCUGCUCUUGCUGUUAACUGUUUUUCUAUUUUAUUUUUAAAUUAUUUGAGUUGCACCCCUCUUAAAUCUCCUCACUCACUCACUCGUUUUUUUUAAGUCCUUCUUUUGAUAUUCAUCUUUCCUUUCUUGCGCAUUAUAGCGCUGUUUGGUAACUCCGCACUGUGACGAUCCAGUAUUAAUAAAACUUUUACUGUAAGAA